AUGAGCAAUCAGUACCAGGAGGAGGGCUGCCCUGAGAGGCCCGAGUGCAAAAGUAAAUCUCCAACUUUGCUCUCCUCCUACUGCAUCGACAGCAUCCUGGGCCGGAGGAGCCCGUGCAAGAUGCGGCUGCUGGGAAGCGCACCGAGCCUGCCCGCCCCGCUGGCCAGCCGCGCCGACCAAGAAAAGGUCCUGCAAGGCUCCCCGAAGGGCAGCAGCGCCCAGUUCGAGGCAGAGCUGCACCUGCCGCCCAAGCUGCGGCGCCUGUACGGUCCCGGCGGGGGCCGCCUCCUCCAGGGCGCCGCGGCAGCAGCGGCGGCGGCGGCGGCGGCAGCAGCAGCUGCGGCUACAGCCGGCGCGGGGCCCCGGGGGGAGGCGCCGCCGCCGCCACCGCCGCCUCCAACCGCGCGGCCCGGGGAGAGGCCGGACGGGGCCGGGGCUGCGGUGGCCGCCGCCGCCGCCGCCGCCGCCUGGGACACGCUCAAGAUCAGCCAGGCGCCGCAGGUGAGCAUCAGCCGCAGCAAGUCGUACCGCGAGAACGGGGCGCCCUUCGUGCCGCCGCCGCCCGCGCUGGACGAGCUCGGUGGCCCGGGGGGCGUCGCGCACCCGGACGAGCGCCUCGGUGCCACCGGCGGCCCCGGCAGCGGCCCAGCGGCCAGUGGCGGCACGGGUGCCGAGGACGAAGAGGAGGAGUUGUUAGAGGAGGAUGAGGACGAGGACGAGGAAGAGGAGCUGCUGGAGGACGACGAGGAGGAGUUGCUGGAGGACGAUGCCCGCACGCUGCUCAAGGAACCCCGGCGCUGCGCUGUGGCCGCCACCGGGGCAGUGGCCGCCGCCGCCGCAGCCGCAGCCGCCGUGGCCACCGAGGGCGGGGAACUGUCGCCCAAGGAAGAGCUGCUGCUGCACCCGGAGGACACCGAGGGCAAGGACGGCGAGGACAGCGUGUGCCUGUCUGCGGGCAGCGACUCAGAGGAGGGGCUGCUGAAGCGCAAACAGAGGCGCUAUCGCACCACGUUCACCAGCUACCAGCUGGAGGAACUGGAGCGGGCCUUCCAGAAGACGCACUACCCGGACGUCUUCACCAGGGAGGAACUGGCCAUGAGGCUGGACUUGACGGAGGCCCGAGUCCAGGUCUGGUUCCAGAACCGUCGGGCCAAGUGGCGCAAGCGCGAGAAGGCGGGCGCGCAGACCCACCCACCGGGGCUGCCUUUCCCCGGGCCGCUCUCGGCCACUCACCCGCUCAGCCCGUACCUGGACGCCAGUCCCUUCCCCCCGCACCACCCCGCGCUCGACUCGGCCUGGACGGCCGCCGCUGCCGCCGCCGCCGCAGCCUUCCCGAGCCUGCCUCCGCCGCCGGGCUCGGCCAGCUUGCCGCCCAGCGGGGCGCCGCUGGGCCUGAGCACUUUCCUCGGAGCCGCCGUGUUCCGGCACCCGGCCUUCAUCAGCCCGGCGUUUGGCAGGCUCUUUUCGACCAUGGCGCCCCUGACCAGUGCGUCGACCGCAGCCGCGCUCCUGAGACAGCCCGCACCAGCCGUGGAGGGCGCGGUGGCGUCGGGCGCACUGGCCGACCCGGCCACGGCCGCCGCAGACAGACGCGCCUCCAGCAUAGCCGCGCUCAGGCUCAAGGCCAAGGAGCACGCCGCUCAGCUCACGCAGCUCAACAUCCUGCCGGGCACCAGCACGGGCAAGGAGGUGUGCUAA